ACAUUAACUGAACUGAUCAGGGGUGGAGUGAUCAAAAGGAAGAAGUAUUAAUUAAAAAUUAUUGUGUAGGCCCCUUAGGACUAAUUUUUACUGAUGGAAUAUAUCUGGUCCAUGUCCUUUUAGUAAAAGCUCAUAAUACCAUUUUUAGGUCACCAACAGUCAUAUUGCAGAAUUUGUGCACUCUUUGUUCAAUUUUAAAUCUAUUAAAUAAAUAAAAAAUAUAUCAUAUAAAAGAGUGCAUUUAUUACAAAAAAAAGACAUGAAAUCUUAAAUAAAAAAAAUAUAUAGAAAAGGGUUUUUAAUUUGGCUGUAUUAAAAGAAUGACAUAUGUAGGAAUGUCCACAACAUGUUCAGAUUCUGAUAAUCUAAUUGUAGUGUGUAAAUGGUUCACAUGUGGUUAUUUUAGAUUUUUUGUAAACCUGUUUUAAAAUGUAAGAGAUACUGAACCUUCGUUGGGCUGGUGGGACAGCUUUAAUCGGACGUAGGAAAAUAUCCCUUAUUUUUAAAUCUAAAACUUGACAGGUAUGUUGAAUAUGCACAUGGACAUGAGAAGCACUCCAGCAGAGCGAGAUAGGGCUCUUCUCUCUUUCUACAAGAAGCCUCGUGUGGAAUGGGCUCGGCCUUUGCACUGCAUAUUGGAAGGUGAUUGUGCAGUUGGUGAAGGUGUUACACGAUUCUUUUUCUCAAACUCUAUUGAAAAACUGAAGUCUGGAUUUUCUGUAAACCUCGCAAACGCUGGAGUCACCAAACUCUUUGAGGGAGAAACGGACCACUUGGUGCCAUCAUCUUCCCCCUUUCUUGUCGACAGUGAUCUCUUUGUUGUUGCUGGGAGAAUUCUGGGACACUCUUUCAUACACGGAGGACCAUGCUUAUCUGGUUUAAGUCCAGCUUUCGUGCAUGUACUACUGGGAGGAAAUCCUGACACUGCAACUGUACAACUAAACGACUGUCCAGACUUGGAUAUCCGUGAUACAGUCAAGCUUCUUGAGAAGUCUGAACUUUCGGAGCAAGAAAUAAAUCAAGUGCAAGUCUUGGCAUAUGCCUGGGAUCUACCCGGUGUUACUAAUACCAACAGGAGACGGCUUUUUGAAAAGAUGCUCAUCCAUGCUGUAAUUGGACGACUAUCAAGGCAAAUCAAACAAUUAAGACGUGGCCUGAAGGAAACCCCGAUUUGGGCAUUUUUGCUUCAACGCCCAGAUGCAGUGCCUUUCCUUUUCCCAAGAGAAACAAUGGAGUGUAACCCAGAGGUUGGUUCAAAUAUAUGUCAAGUGUUUACUGUGAUGUUUAUAUUCAUAUUCAUGUCAUAUCCUGUAAUCCUUUUUACUUAAAUAAUUACAUCAAAUGUUUUGUGAAGUGUCAAAGUAUGAUCUGUUAAUAAAAUAACUCUGGAACAUAGAGAACUGGAUGGAUUAAAUACACUACUCAAAGUUAGGGAUAUUUUGCUUUCUGGUGAAAUUCAUGGAAAAUGCUCCAGUGAUUUCAUGAAAGCAGGGCAUUUAUGUAAAAGCAUGCAGGUACUGUAGGUUCACCAUGAAAUUACUGAAAGCCAAAUAUCCCUACUUUUGUGAGUAGUGUGCAUAUAUAUGUU